UGUGUUAUUCCUGCUGUGUGAACCUGAUCAGAAAGUUGAGCCUCUCUGUCUCUUGGGAACUGCAAAUCAGAGAAACAGGAAGAGGAGGAGGCUCUGACUUGCAUAUUUUAAAUUCAGUCUGAUGCUCAGACAGUCAGCAGCAAGACAAAAUGCCGGUGACAGCGCUCUGCUUCAGACUGUUGAUGACUGCGUUGUUGCUGCUGGUUGGACAAGUUGACUUCAGUUAUCCACGAAAAGCUGAUGUAGGUUUUCCUCAGGUUGUUCCAAACAGACAGCAGUACUUUGAGUAUGAGUCCAUUGUUAUCAGCUGUGAGGGGCUGGAGGGAUUGACUGGAUGAGGAAGACCAAAGGAUCUGUUAGAACAUGUGCUUCUAGCUGGUCGACAUCAACAGGACCCUGUCAAAUUAAAAAUGCCUUUCCAGGACCUGACAGUGGAGAAUACUGGUGUGAAAUUGGAAGGAAGAAAAGCAACACUGUCAACAUCACUGUCACUGCUGGUUCAGUGAUCCUGGAGAGUCCUGUCCUUCCUGUGACGGAGGGAGACAAUGUAACUUUGUGCUGCAGAACGAAGCAGACGUCCUCCAACCUCAACGCUGAAUUCUAUAAAGACGGCCACUUCAUGGAGAGCAGCUCUACAGGAAACAUGACCAUCCACACUGUUUCCAGGUCUAAUGAAGGACUCUACAAGUGCAGCAUCUCUGGAGCUGGAGAAUCAGCAGAGAGCUGGCUGACAGUCAGAGAAGCUCAUGAAGAGCCUCCCUCCCAUCAUGCCCCUCAGCUCUAUCUGCUGCUCAGCGUUGGUGUCAGUGUUUUCUUGGUGGCUCUGAUGCUGGUUGUCGGAUUACUGCGAUGUGGGAAACAUCAAACGAUCAUCACAGGUAACACAACAUCUCCUUCCUCGUUCCAGUCGUCCCCUUCUCCACAAACAGUGUCUGGAGAGGCUCACGUAGCUGAUCCGAUGCAGGCAACAUACUCUGUAGUCACAAAACCCAGGAACGAGAACG